UUGUUAUUGUUGAAAUGCGGCUUUGUUUUUAAGGGCAAAAACAUACAUACAAUGAUUAAAAUAUCAGCCUUGAAUGAUGAAUCUGAGGAAGACAGUGAUUCAGAGGUCGAAGUAUCUCGAGAAGCGUUGGAGCAGAUCGCAUUGCAACAGUAUGCCAAAGCUUUAGAAUUACAGCGAAAAGGCAAUCUUACUGAAGCAACUCAGCUAUUGAGAGAUCUAUUGGACACAGAACUGUUAUAUGACGUCAAAAGACCGUGUCCAGGUGAGAAGGUAUCGGGGCCAUUGUUCAAUUUGAAGUACCUUUGCUAUAAAAACUUGGCGUCUAUACUGACGACUGCUGGAGAUACCGAAGGUGCAAUCGAGGCAUAUAACUUGGCCGCCGAGCUAGAUGACACUGAUAUAACACUCUGGCAUCGAUUAGGCACAGUCUGUUUGCAAGUUCAUAACUAUGAAACUGCUCUCUAUGCGUUUCAAAAAGGUGUAGAACGCAAUCCUCGCCAUUGGCCAUGUCUCGACAAGUUAAUUAUAGUUUUGCUUGGCCUUAACUAUAAAGAACAAUGUUUAGCCACUAUUCAUGAUGCAUUGCAACUAGAUCCUGGCUACAUGAGGGGUUUGGUGUACAGAAAUCAUAUUUAUAAGGUUUACAGUCAUAUGAAAGAGUAUAUGGAGUGUAUUAAUCCAACUUAUAAAUGCAGCAUAGGUGAUGAUGAAGCUCUAGAUGAAGAAACGGCUGAAAAACUCCUUAAAGAAGCUGAAAUAAUCCAUGAAGCAUACAUAGAACAACAGAAAGCUGAAACAAAUAAAUAUAUAGUUCCAAAUCUCAAGUUAAAGAAGUUAAUAUCAAGAAUGUCUUGGCAAUCUGUUGGUGAGUCAUUAGUUCACAUGCACAAUUACAUUACUGAAAAUUGUUACAGCCAUGCUUGCUUUAUAGAGUUAUUAUGUGAAAAUGGUGGUGAGGAAGAAAAAAUGGAGGUAUGUGAAGAACACCAUGAGUCAGAUGACAAUAUAGUGGAGGAAAUUAAUACGGAUACUGAAAAAGUAACAGAAACAGGUUCAGAAAAUGAGAAUAACGAUUUAUCUGACAAAGAUAAAGCAACAGACAGUGAUAAAGUAGAAACUGUAAAGAUAAUGACAUCAGAACCAACAACAGAUAAUGUUCCAGAAAAUAAAGCACAGAAGAAAGUACCAGCUAGGCGUAGGGGGAACCCCCUAAACAACCUAAAGCAGUGGGGAUGGUACGAGCGAAAAUCUUUAAGAAAGAAACCAGUAGAUGAUGAUAAUAUAUAUGAAAUGUUACGAAGAAUGGUUCCAAUUGAUUUAGUCCCAGAAAUAGCACAGAAAAAAGAAAUGAGAGAAAGAGGAAAUUCUCCUGAAAUAUCAAAUUUAGACAAGUUAUUUGAAGAGAAACCAAUAGAAAAAUAUGGUGAAAAUACAGUUUAUUUUGGCACUGAUAGUGAACAAAAUGAUGUUAAAUCAUUUAUUGAUAAAUAUAUAGAGAGCAGUCGAGAUAUAAUUGAUUUGCUAAAAGACUAUCUGAGCCUGUUGGCUGGGAAAUGGAAAACAAAAUGGCCUGCAGCCCUUGCAAAGGUGUUUGUUGAUGCUAAUAACUGCUAUAACAAUCAUAUUGACAUUCCUGCAUGCACUGAUGAUAACAAACAAGAUCUACUUCAUUACACUUCUGUUAAUAUGUUGGCUGAAGAAUUUAGAGUCAAUGAAAAAAUAAAGUUGAGUUUAGAAGAGAAAGCAAAUCAUGAACUAAAUGUAAUUGAAUCAAUAGAAAUAAUUCUUACAUUAAAACCUCACAUAUAUCCCAGUACAGAAUGCUUAGAGAUGAUUCUUCGAUCCCUAUGGCUUAGAUUACACAUUCAUAUUUUAAAUAAAUGUGAAGAACUUGCUCUGGAUUGCUCAUAUAACAUUUUAAGUGAAUUUGAUGCUAUGGGAGAACAUCAUGAUGUUUAUAGCUUGAAAAUUGCUAAUUUUACAUUUAAGACUGAUAUAAAUGAAAACGAAGUCUUAGAAUACAUAAAGAUUUUAGAAAGAAACAAAAAAUUGUCCACAGUUAUGGAUUUGUUUAGGCGAGGUAGCUAUGAAGAAGUGCUGUCCAUUGUCACUGAAUCUUUUGAGCAUUGUAAAACAGUAGCUAGAAAAAAAGAGGAAGAUAUGCCAUUAGACUUUUGUGUUCAACUGUCUCUUAUAUUGGACUCAUACUGGGCUUUGGAUAAAGUUGAGUGUUGUUUUAAAUGGUCACUGAUAUGUUUACAUGAAGCUCUUAAGCAUUAUUUCCGGUUAACAUCAGGUUCCGUAGAUUAUGUGAAAUGGAACCUAACUGUUAUAAAAAUUUUGACUUGUAUUGAACACAUCCUUAGUACAGAAGGAUUAUCAUGCUUAGAGACAGUUACACAAAAUGAACUUGGACAGGGGCUCGAGGAUCUUAUUAGAAUAAUAGGUCAUCAAGUAGAAUCCAAUGCAACGGACAUGCCAUUCAAUACAGUAGCACCUUGGAUUAUUAUACAUUACAUUUUGCAGAGAGAGGAAGAUCAAGGAAGAAGCAGAUCAUUAAUGGAUAGUGAUAGGAUUGCUUGUGAUGAAGUUCCCAAUCCAUUGAUGGUAUUGUUCAUAGCACAUGAACAGUUGGGAGAAAGGGCAUGGUGUUGUAAGUCAGAUGGGAAACUGCUAUAUUUUAUACUUGAUACAGUGGUGCCUCGUCUCCAAUCACCAUCCCUUUCUAAAGCUUUGGAACAAAUCAAACAAUAUAUGGAACAGUGUGUUUUUUGUCUCUAUGGACAUCCAGGAAAGAAGAACAAAUUAAAAUAUCUUGUGGAUCACAAUGUAACACCCCAAACAUUAGACUGGAAAAGAGCUCAACAGAUAUAUGAAAUUUUUAGACCAAUAGACUUACCGCCACUAGAGGGCAAAGUGAGUGGAAUUUCAUUGGAUGCAGAAGCCUUAUUUCUCAAUAUUUUAUCUUUAUUGCCAGCAGAAUGUGAUCCUUCAAAAUAUGUACCAGAAAUGAAGAAAUAUAUCAAUGGCACCGAAACUAAACUGCCUUUAGUCCCAGCAAUGUUGCCAUACAAGAUGAAAGAUAUAUAUUUCUUACUAGGCGAUUUUUAUUUUAAAAAGAACGAUAUGAAAAUGGCUAUUAAAUAUAACACACUAGAUGUGGUAAUAAACAAUGAUCGGUUUAAGUCAUGGGCUCAGAUAUCACUGGCUAAAGCAACCAAUUUACAAAGGGCCUUGGAUUUGUACAGAAAUAUAAAUAACGAAAAGGAUUUUCUUAAUCCCGCUAAAACAACUAUUAGAUGUUUUAAGCGUUCACUAGAGUUAGAUCCUUCAUAUCGCUAUAUGUGGAUUGAAUUUGGUAAUUUUGUAUAUUGUGUGCAUUCAUUCUGUUCGAGGCUUUUGAAACAGGCUACGGAAUCAAUAGGUUUUCAAGAAUUCAGAGCUUAUGAAAAGCAAAAGGAAGAUCUGUUAAAUUUAACCUACAAAUGCUUUGUUACACUACGAGAUGAACUCAACAGUAGCAGCGAUACUGACAAGUCAAAUGAGGAGUCCUGGUUAUUGUAUUACAUGUUGGGAAAAGUAGCUGAGAAACGCAACAAACCACCAGCCCUAUAUCUAAACUUUUACUUACAAGGAAUCAAAAAUUUACAAGAAGCAGGGGCUACAUAUCCUACAAAAAUAAACUACAAUUCACCAUCCCAUUUAUCAAUAGAAGUUCUGGAACUGCACUAUAGAAUACAUGCCUCUAUUCUAAAAUAUAUUGAACAACAUGAGAAUAAGUUAAUACCUGCAUCGGUCGGAAAAGUAUUUUUAAAGUGUAUAGAAGAGUGGGAACAAGGCCCUUAUAAGAAAAAACUUAAAAAAGAUAACGUCCCCAUUGCCGAAAACGAAACAAAAGCUGACGACAGUCCGGCGGUUCACGCUGCCAAUAUCCUAAAGCGCUCUAUUAGCGAUGCGGGCGAGGAGGAUAACCGCGAAGCAAAAAGGUUAAAGCUUGAAUCUGCUGCCGCUAAAAUAAGGAGAUCGGCUUCUUAUGACACUGAACGUAUGAAUAAUAAAGAAUCUCAGAAGCAACCUGAUAUUCAAGACACCAAAGAAAUCGACACUGCUGCCACAAAGGAUAAACAAGAGGCUAGUAAAGAAUCACGUUCCUCUGCUGAAAAAUCCGUAGAAGAACUAACAGAUAAGAAGGAGGACAAUUCGCAGCAAAUUAUUCUAGAAGGCGAAGAAGAUAAAAAACAAGACAGUUCUAGCUCCUCUUCUUCAACAUCAUCAUCGGAUUCGAACUCGAGUGAAUCGUCUUCUGGCAAUAGUAGUGAAUCUAGCAAAGAUACUGAUGCGUCGAGCAAAUCUUCCGAAGAUAAGUCUUUAACUGAUGAAGAAAUAAAAAAAAUAGUUUCAGCUUGUCUCGAUGCGCUCGAGGAUUGUGCGAGCCGAUAUACACCACACUAUAAAGCUCUUUACAGACUUGCACAUUACCACUUUUAUUAUAAAAAAGGAAAGGACAUCGAACGAUGCAGAGACCUCAUGCUAUCCACCUUUAUUUCGAGAUCGGGGAAAAAAAUGACUGGGCUUUUUAGCGAAAGAAAAUCCACUAAUUUCUUCAAUAACAUUUGGUUAUUGCGUUCGGAAGAGGUUGAAAGAUCGGGAGGUUUCGCUUUUCACAUGAAUCGCUGUGUCUUACUUACUUUAGAAAUAUUAAAAGAGAUAGACGAUCACGGAACCUUACUCGAUUUGACGUUACAUCUACAAAGGGCACCAGAUCUCGAUAAAAAGUACUUAAAGGAUUCCGACAGGGAGGAGUUGGCGCUACAAGCUUGCUCAUUGUGCGUACAGUCUCUCAAAGGUCAACUGCAGAAGUUCAGCCAACAGGUCGACAUAAAGAGCAACGAUGUCGAGAGAGAAGCAUUAAAAUGUUUGAUGCUAGACAUUUACAAUGCUUACAAGAAAGUGAUGAAACCACCAAAUUCAAAGCAACUCUGUAACUUACUAGUUGAUGCUUACAAAUUAGUCUGCAGGACACCAAUAACGGAGAAUAUGAAUUUAGUCGAUUGCAGUCUAAAGUAUGCUUCCAAUUUGAAACAGCAAGCGGCGCAAGCAAGCGUGCAAAAAAAGCAGACUACUAAAGCUACGGUAGCGGAACCAGCCAAACUGAUUGUUACGACUUCACAACCUAAGAUGGACCCUAAACCGGUGGGUGCUCCUUCUGUAUCCGGAUUGCCCAAGAUGUCGUCGCACGAAAUGGCGACAGCAUUUCAAAAUUACGUACCAAUGCUUAACGAUCCAGUGUUUUCACAACUAUCCUUAUCUUACAUUAGUGCUCUCACUGGCUACCCAAUUCAGGGCGGUUUGCAACCCAGUUUUCAAACUUCUCUACAAAACUCUUUCCAAGCUGAAUUCUACCGGCAGUUCAUGGGUCAGAACUUCUCUUCCUAUAUGCAGCCGCAGAAAAAGCAGAAGCGCGGUCCGAAACAGCCAUCCACUAGUCGGAACGUGACACAAAUAAAAAAUGUUACAUCAAAAUCCUUCACUGCAUCACCGACGUCUGUAACAAAAGCUGCACAAUCUUCGGCAAUGAAAGCUUUGCCAACGCCUCUUACGAAAGCUAUGUCAACACCUGCAAUUAUAGCUGUACCCACAUCUGCAAUAAAAACUGUUUCCACAUCUGUAACGAAAUCUGUUUUAGCAUCUGCAUCAAAAGCCGUGUCGACAUCUGUUGCGAAAACUGUGCCAAUGUCUAAUACAAAAACUGCGCCAUCGUCUAUAACGAAAGUUGCGUCAACGUCUAUAACGAAAGCAGCACCAACGUCCGUUAUAACCAGUCUCCAGAAACCAUCUUCGACGCCGUUAGCGCCUAGUAUGGGGACAGUGCUGUCAACUUUGCCCGCAUCAAUAAUCUCGAAUUUACCUUCGUUUGGUGGAAAUCUCUCGCAUACUAGUAACCAGACCAAGGCACCUCACGCUCACAUGUCCAGUGCGUCGUCAACUAACCCUUCUGUCCAUUGUAAGCCCCCGAUGCCGCAUCAGCAAGUCAGUCCUGGCAAAACGUUACAGGAGAAGUUGGCCGAGCGUCAAAAGAGCAUGCCAUCGGCGCCAAAGGACAUCAACGCGUCGAUUAGCCGACUACCAUCGUCACUGACGAUAACCAAAACAUCUGCUUCCAGGCAGCCUUUAGUUCACGGCAAAAGAUCAGAACCGAGAAAAUCGCUUGCAUUCGAAGAAGUGAGACUACCUAUAUCUUCCGAUGAAGUUAUUGUUUUAGAUGACGAUUAGAUUUAACAUAAACGUUAGUGUAGUAUUGCUUAUAUUGAAAUAAUAAUAACAAUCGACUGACUGAAUACAUGUGAUUUGUGGGAUGCGCUUAAAAAUUAAAUCAGAAAACUGUAAGUGUAGUAUUAUUUACGUCUUGAUGUGCAGGCACCAAUUCUUAUAUGAAUGUAUUGGUUUGAU